AUGAAUCUCUGUUGUAGGACCCACUGGUUACAAAAGUAUAAAAAUGUCAGGCCCGAUUACUUAAAGAACAUCUGGAAGGUGAUCAACUGGAAAUAUGCAAGUGAGCUUCCAGAAUUUAUGAUGGGUCUUGCAAAUCUUGCUUUAAUUUCUGGUGAACGUUCAUCUUUAAAGGUUUUGGGACCCAUAAGCCAGGCCUUGCAUCAUGCACCCCAAUAUUUGGAUGGCUUACCAACUGUAUGCAUAUUACAUGUACUCCGCCUCGCAAAUUUGGAUUCUGCUUAUGAUUUAGAUAACAUAACUCGUUUUCUAAUACUAGCAAGAGAACCUAUAAUCCAAGGAAUUGACAAGCCCCAUAAGACGAUCAUUGUGUUUACAUUAGAAGAAGGCCUGAGGGUCUUGUUCAAUGGUUUAGUUGUGUUUGCUCUAAGGGAGAUCAACUUAUCAAAAGUAACCUUCUUAACAACAUCAUUCUACUUAAGUAGGUGAUUAAUCAAGAUUAAGGGAGAUUUUUAAUCAUGUUUGGC